CAGCUGUAGUCUCGCGAUACUGUGCUGCACGCAGUGAGAUUUGGUGUCUUUGUGUGGAGCGCAGAGAAGCUAACAGCUAAACAAGAAACUGCUGUUUAAUUGCAGGUUUGUUAGCUUAGCAUCAGCACAACAUCUAUUCUCGGAUCGAUAUUAAAGAGGCAGACUGCCACUCACCUGUCCGCCCCCGAUACAGACGCAGUGAAACACCUAAUUCAUCUUCAUGGCGCUGAGACGAGGACACAUCAGGUACCUGAAGGUGUGUGAAGUUCAGACAUCUCAGAGUGAUGUCAGAGAUGGUCAACACGCCGCCAAAGGAUCCGUUGGAAAGGAGCUGUAUGACAACGGCUACAGCGAGCAGAUGAUGGAGGACGAUGACUCCAGAACCAACCUGAUCGUUAACUACCUGCCGCAGAGCAUGAGCCAGGACGAGCUGCGCAGUCUGUUCAGCAGCGUCGGCGACGUCGAGUCCGCCAAACUCAUCCGGGACAAAGUGGCAGGUAACUACUACUGCAGACCGGGACCGGUACCGGUACCACAACACCAAACCUCCACCACAGCACAACGUCAACGGCCCGAGCUGCAACCGCUUCACACGCACAUUCAAAAGUACCGCAGCAUUACUCCUGCGUACUACUGUAGUACUACACUCUAACAGUACUGCAGUACUACAGUGGUAGUACUACUACACUCUAACAGUACUACAGUACUACCACAGUAGUACAGUACACUAUCACAGUACUACAGUACUACCACUGUAGUACUACUACACACUAACAGUACUGUAGUACUACUUUAUGUGCUUAGUGCUAAAGCUGCUAGUGCCUAUAAAUACCACAGUAUGACUGAGCUAUAGGACGUAUGAGUAGAACUACUGUAAGGACAUGUUGUACUACAGUACUAAUACUGCAAGUGAACCUGAUAGAGGGUUAGUACUACCUGCAGUAGUAGUAUCAGUAGUAUUAUUAUUAGUAUUAGUAUCAGUAGUAGUAGUAGUAUUAUUAGUAUUAGUAGUAGUAGUAUUAGUAUCAG